AUGCCAAUCCCCACCCUGCCCCUCUUCGCCGCGGCGGAACAGCAUGCGCGCGACAACCCCAACCGAAUUGCGGUCAUCGACGCCACAAAACAAGAGUCCUUCACAUUUGUUCAAUUACUAGCUGAUGCUGCGGUAUUAAGGAAGCGCAUAAUUGAACAAUUGGGGCUGGCCGAGGACUUGGACGAGCGGCGCAUUGCAUUCUUGAUCCCCAAUGGGUACGAUUACGUCGUUACGCAAUGGGCUGUGUGGGCAGCAGGAGGUGUCUGCGUUCCUCUUUGCACCAGUCACCCAGUGAAGGAGCUCUUAUACACCGUUGGCGAUUCAGACCCCUCGUUGAUUAUUGUUCACCCACAUUUCGAAAAGAUAGCACCUGCACUACGCGAGGCAUGUCCUGCAGAGAUCCCAUUCAUGGGUCUAGAGCCAUUCAGUCGUAAUCAUGCACCGACGUUGCCAUCCUUCUCCCCACCGUUCGCCCUGACCCGUCGCGCGCUGAUGAUUUAUACCUCUGGAACCACCUCGAAUCCGAAGGGUUGCGUCACCACACACGAAAACAUCACUUUCCAGGCAAGCUGUCUGGUCAAGGCUUGGGAAUACAGUCCCUCGGACCGUCUCAUUCACGUGCUACCGCUGCACCACGUCCACGGGAUUAUCAAUGGUCUAGCGGCUAGCUUCUUGAGUGGGACCACUGUCGAGAUGCACCCUAAGUUUGAUCCCAAGGUCAUCUGGGAGCGAUGGCAGGAAGGUGGCUCGACUAUGUUCAUGGCCGUGCCAACCAUAUAUUCCCGCCUGAACGACUAUUUCGAUGCUCACAUCCGUGGCACGGAACAAGAAGAGAGCGCACGGGCUGGCGCACGGGCUCUGCGAUUAGUUGUCAGCGGUUCAGCAGCUCUCCCAACACCUAUCAAGUCCAAAUUUGCCGAGAUCACUGGCCAGACAUUGCUAGAGCGAUAUGGAAUGACCGAGAUCGGUAUGGCGCUCAGCUGUGGGCUCGAGGUUGAAAAACGAGUUGACGGGAGUGUUGGAUGGCCUUUGCCGGGAGUCGAGGUCCAAUUGAUCGAGAAAGAGACAGGCCAGAUCAUCAAAGGUGUAAACGAGGAUGGUAUGAUUGAGAUCAAGGGCUCCAAUGUUUUCCGCGAGUACUGGCGGAAGCCUGAGGCGACAGCUUCCGAAUUUACCCCAGAUGGUUGGUUCAAGACUGGCGAUGUCGCCAGACGAGAUUCGACGGGGGCAUACUUUAUUCAAGGUCGUGCCUCUGUCGACCUGAUCAAGUCUGGCGGGUACAAGAUUUCCGCGUUGGAAGUGGAGCGGAAGAUGCUUGCUUUGGAUGCAAUUCAGGAAGUGGCAGUCGUUGGACUCACCGAUGAAGAAUGGGGCCAGCGAGUCGCGGCCGUCGUCAAGUUCCGUGAAGGAGCUGUACCACUAGAUCUCCCGGUCCUCCGUGCGAGCCUCAAGAGUGAGAUGGCUCCUUACAAGAUUCCCACAGUGUUGAAGGUUGUGGACGGAAUCGAACGCAAUGCCAUGGGUAAGGUCAAUAAGAAAAUCAUUGUGCAAAAGUACUGGCCCGACAAGGCAUGA